UCGAGUAGCGUGCUCGCGCGGCGCGAACGUGUGAUGGCGUCCCGCGGCAUCCGGCGGAAGAAGUCGUCGCUCUCUGAAGUCAAAGUUGCGGUGGUCGGCGCGCCUUCCGUCGGGAAAAGUGCUUUGACGGUCCGGUUUCUAACGAAAAGAUACAUCGGCGAAUAUGAUCAUCAACAAGACAGCAAGUACAAGCAUGAGGUGUUACUGGACGGAGAUCCGAUCCUGUUCGAGAUUCUGGACACGUGUCCAAAGAGCACAGAGGACCUCCCGCCGCACGACAUCGCGCAGUGGGCAGACGGGCUGUGCCUAGUGUACUCCAUCACGGACCGGCAAUCAUUCAACUUCGUGCGGCGCGCCAAGCAGAGCCUGCAGCCUGACGUGCCGCUCACGCUGGUGGGGAACAAGGCCGACAUGGUACACCUGAGACAGGUGAGCCCAGAUGAAGGCGAGAUCCUGGCGAAAGACUUCGAGUGCAGUUUCCGUGAGGUCGCGGCAGCGGAACAGGUGGUGCAGGUCAGCGAGGUCUUCCAAGACCUGUGUCGAGAGGUGCUCCAGCUUCGGCGAAGGGCUAAGCACAGCUUGCUGGAUAGAAUGCUGGGGACUAAGACGGCUUACCGAGUGUAUUCGAGAGGGAAGAGUGACAGCGCAUUGCCGAAGGAUUAAUUUUGUUACGUAAAUCAAGGUUUUGUCUUCGAGUUACUUUUAAAACCCGUUUAAGGUGACGACUUUGAACUUUGCAUGGGCUACUUCUUGCCCGAAAUUACUUAGGAAAUCAAACAUAUUUUACAAAAGGUCACUUCUGUGGACAAUUCGUCGAAAGUUAAUGACCGGUGUCAAAGUAGUUAUGUAUUCCGAAUAUAUCCCGAAUUUCAUGGGGCUGUUUCGCAGCCUGGAAGUGACCAAAAUGUGUUUUAAUUUAUUAUAAGAACAAAUGACAUAUUUAUUUAUUUUAAUAUCAUCACGUCAAUACACAUUUUAAACAAAAUAAAUGAAGUGUAAGCAUCACCCGUGUAGUUAUGAUAGUAUUUAAUAUGUAGAUGGCGCUAACAAACGGAGGUACGAUGCUUAUUAUGAGCAUUGUCAAUCCUUUAUAAAUCAUCUUUGGUUACAUUUUACAUUAGGAACUUACCAACUCAACUCAUUUAGGGAAAGGUAGGGGGGUCAAGAAAAUGUGCCAUUUGACAAAAGAGAUCAGGAGAAUCACAAACUUAUUAGUGACUUCACUUUUUGUGACGAAUUUCUUGUAAUGGUUUUAUUGGUGAAUUUAUUUUAUUGAUUAUGUGUCAAAACUUCUUAUAUUGCUCACGUGACGAGAAGGGAGACUUCACUCAAAAAAUAAAAAUCGUAUGAUUUACAUCAUUAAUGGAUGUCCCCUUAUGCAAACAUCUUGCAUUUUCGGAACUAUAUUCCAUUAUAUGAAUGUAUAGAAGCACCAAUAUAGCCAAUGUGUAGAUUUUGAACAUAAUUUUAUACCGGUAACUUGUUUAAAAACUUCUUUGAAUUACCUAGUAUAAUUUCUAAAGUUUACAAGGUAAAAUACAAAGUGAUAUGUAUAAGAGAGUAUUAUUCAGUAACCUAACAAAAAAUACACGCAAAAUUGCCCUAACUCCAGUCCUUCCUUUUUUUGAGUUC